CAUGUUUCAAUCCGUCUUUUGCUUAAGAUUGAUACAUUAUUUCCCUCAGUGACAAAAAUUGCAAUUGAAAGAUAGGGCAGCAAAACAGAAAAAUGGCCAUGGACUCACCGGACAAUAGGAGGACCGGUUGUGGCCUUUUUAAUGCAGUUUUUGGGAGCCGUAGUUUUUGGUCCAAAAGGUCUCCUUCCACCGGUUCUCUUCCGACGGUGGUGAACAACAGCAACUUUGUUAAAGCGCCGAGCAAGAGGCGGCGGAGUGGCUCCCAUGACGCUAUUCUUUUGGACUCCACCGUGAGUCGGUCCGAGCCGCCGAUGAAACCAAAAUCAAAUUAUCCCAACAAGGUCCCUCUACAAAAUCAACAAAACCAGUACGGCAGGAAAGGACCAGAUGAAGGGAAUAAAACGACAAUGCCUAAUUUGGCGUACGUUAACCAAGGUAGUAGGGUGCCUAAAGAAGCAAUUGGAAUUUCUGGCGAGCUGGAAAGCAUGAUUCCAGAUUACCAAAAAUCAAAGGGAAACAGUAAUCUUGUACGUGCCUCGUCGGGAAACGUCAUGCUUUUGGGAAAUUUGGGUAACUUGAGGCAACCUGGCGGUACCGGAGGAAACACAAACACGAAUUCGUAUAGCGUUCUCGAUCAUCUUCCCAGUAAAGAGAAGAAUUACAAGACAAAAUCAAAUUAUCCCAACAGUGGAAUGGGGAAUGUGGUGAAGAAACCGGCGGAGGAAAAGCGCAGUGGAGUAGAAUCAGGGUCGUUGUGCAGGGCGAUUUCUACGAGAAUGGACCCUGAAACGCUCAAGAUUAUGGGCAAUGAGGAUUACAAGAGUGGGAAUUUCGCGGAGGCGUUGGCUUUGUAUGAAGCGGCGAUCGCCAUUGAUCCGAAGAAAGCAUCGUAUAGAAGCAACAAAAGUGCGGCAUUAACGGCUUUGGGGAGGCUGCUUGAGGCAGUUUUCGAGUGCAGAGAAGCCAUCCGAAUUGAACCCCAUUAUCACAGAGCUCAUCAUCGUUUGGCGAACUUACAUCUUCGGUUAGGGGAAGUGGAGAAGGCUAUCUAUCAUUGCAAGCAUGCAGGACCAGAAGCUGACCAUGAAGACAUAGCCAAAGCUAAAGCUCUGCAGAAGCAUUUGGAUAAGUGCACCGAAGCUAAAAGGCUAAGAGAUUGGAAUGCCCUGAUCAAACAGACAUGGUGUGCUAUCAACACUGGGGCGGACUCUGCGCCACAGAUAUAUGCAUUGCAAGCCGAGGCCUUGCUUAAGCUCCACAGGCAUCAAGAAGCCGAUGAAGCAUUGGCAUUAUUGAAGGGUCCAAAUUUCAGUGUCGAUGACUGCACCAAAUUCUUUGGCCCCAUCGGUAAUGCAAAUUUGCUAGUGGUACGUGCUCAGGUGGACAUGGCAAUAGGCAGAUUCGAUGAUGCAUUAGCGGCUAUUGAGAGAGCAGCUCGGCUUGACUCCAACAACAGGGAAGUAAGUGCAGUAACGCGGAGGGCCAGAGCAGUGGCAGUGGCGCGAUCCAAUGGCAAUGAGCUGUUCAAGGCGUCAAAGUUCUUGGAUGCGUGUAAUGCUUACGGGGAGGGACUUGACCAUGACCCCUUCAACUCAGUGUUGUUGUGCAACCGAGCAGCCUGUCGGUCCAAGCUUGGUCACUACGAGAAAGCCAUAGAGGACUGCACUGCUGCACUCAACCUCCGACCGGGCUACAGCAAGGCCAGGCUAAGAAGAGCCGAUUGUUAUGCCAAGCUGGGAAAAUGGGAAGCUUCAAUACAAGACUACGAGAUCCUGCAAAGAGAAACGCCAGAUGAUGAGGUGAACCAGGCAUUGUCUGAGGCCCGGCAGCAGCUCAAGAAACAAAGUGGUGCCUUUCAUUCAUGAAAAGUUGGGACCCAACAUUGGGAAAAGGAUGGAAUGGAAGAAACUGCAAUGGUGCUAGCUAGAGCAGUGGAUAAAAUCAUUUAUGCUUUAAUGAUUUUUUUCCCUUUUUGUCAGGAAUUAAUUUGAUGAUGCAAUUAGAAUUUUAACAAUUUCCUACAAUUUGAUCAUGUGUAGACUAUGGUUAUGUGUGUGUAUAAUUUUUCUCAGAGGUUAUAGCAUAUACUCCAUG